GUUUCCCUUUCAAUCCCUCCUCCAAAUACUUCAACAUCAGUAACCCAGAAACACUACUCCACAUUGGAAACAAUUUCUUCCAAAACACGCCGCUGAAGCUUCUCUCUCCAUUUUCGCAGAUUACCUCAAUUUCCAGAAAACAAAAAUGGCGGCUCAUACUCUCACCUCAUCUUCUCUCUCCUCCAUCGCUUCUUCGUCGGAGCUUCGGAAAUUUCUUCAAUCUACUAAUUCAAGCAAUUUAGCCACUUCCUUCAUCGGAAAUCAGCUCGCAAUUCGAAAACCUAACCCUAAUCGUUUCAUCUUGAAGCGGCAAUCCACGAAUAUGACAGUUUCUUUCAGCUUACCAACUAGUAGGCCGGAGGGAGUUCCUGAUGAGAAAUCGCCAAAAUGGUCUGCAAGGGCUAUAAAGUCAUUCACUAUGGCUGAACUGGAAGCAAGAAAACUAAAAUAUCCAAACACGGGGACUGAGGCGCUUCUGAUGGGGAUCUUGGUUGAGGGAACAAGUCAUGCUGCAAAAUUUUUGAGGGCUAAUGGCAUCACCCUUUUUAAAGUGCGAGAUGAAACUGUCAAGUUGCUGGGAAAAUCCGACAUGUACUACUUCAGUCCUGAGCAUCCUCCAUUGACUGAACCAGCUCAGAAGGCUCUCGAUUGGGCUGUUGAUCAGAAACUAAAGUCAGGUGAAGAUGGAGAAGUUACUGUGACUUAUUUGCUUCUCGGACUCUGGGAGCAAAAGGAGUCUGCUGCUCACCAGAUAAUGGCAGAUCUUGGUCUCAAUGAUGAGAAAGUAAAAGAGCUUUCGAAAUUUAUGGAUAAAGACAUUGUGUUGGCUCAUCAUAAGUAGGCUGUUUCAGAAAUUGAGAUUACCCUCUACUGCUGCCCUGCUAACUCUCGACUCUUGGCAACGCUUUCUGGAAGUACAUGUCUCAUGCUGGAGAGGAGCUCUGAAGUUAAAUGCUUCUUUCCAUUUGAUCAAUUCGGAUUUUUAGCAAACUGAAGUUGCAGAUCUUUGAGCAAUUAGUUAGCUGUAGACGGAAGAGUUCCAUGGAGAAAUGUCAAUAAUAUGCUUUGUUAGUUACUCCUUACAUCCGCAUUUAUACUUACCUUUUAUUGUAAUUCCCAUAUAUCAAGAUAGGUUAGUUCCUGGGAAAUAGAGGUUUGGUGCAAAUUGGAUGGUGGAAUCAUUGUAUUUUAUCAAUUCGAUUCAGUAAUAUGGGUUUUUGGAGUCAAAAAUUAAGUUGAGUUUCUCAUGCUUGAUAUAAAAAUCUUUUGCCUUCC